CUGAGUUUCCGCGGGAUCCGGCCGGCCUGUGAUGAAUGGCUCAAAAGUGGGACUUUUAAAAUGUUGCCCUGUAAGAAGAGAAGAACUACAAUGACAGAGUCUCUACAGCAUGAAAGCAAUCAGGAAGAAGAUGACUUAGACCUUGAGUCAACUGUUAAACCAGAAUCCGACCAGGUUAGAGACUUGGGAUCAUUGUCCUGGGGUUCAAGUCAUGACAGUGCAGUUGGCUUUGAAGUUCAAUCUGUGCAAGAUGCAGGAGAUCAGCUUGGUGUGGAGGAUCCAUCUUUGACCCCUAGGAUGAUGCUUACCCAGCACACAAAUUUACCAGUCUUGGAUUCUGUUGAUGCAGCUGUCUCUCAAGGAAUCAGCCUAUCUUCGGUGGAGUCUUCAAAUCCUCUUAAUGUACAAAUUAGUAAAGGAAAACAACAGGCUACUGCUUCAAGAAGAGGGAAGAAAAUUGCCCUCAGGCCUGGACCAGUUACCCAAGAAGAUAGAGCUGGACCAGUUACCCAAGAAGAUAGAGCUAAUCAAUCUAUCAUAAAGGAGCCUUUUCCAGAAGAGCCUAGUGAAGAAGUUAAGGAAGAAAGAGGGAAACCUCAAAUGCAUUCUGGAGGGGAGGAGAUACCUUUACUGCCGUCAGGCAGCCAGUCUGCAGACCCAGGAGCCCAGCCUAGGAAAUCAUCUCAGCCAGAUGUUUGUGCUUCUCCUCAAGAAGAGCCACUCAGGAGUCUGGCUCACCAAGCUGAGGAAGAGAGAGAGGAUGGUGGACUCUUUAUUCCAAUGGAAGAGCAAGACAGCAAAGAAAGUGAGAAAAGAAGAAGAAUGAAAAAGGGUACCAAGAGGAAACGAGAUGGAAGGAGUCAAGAACAAGGGACCAUGGCAUAUGACCUGAAACUGGAUGACAUGCUUGACCGGACCUUAGAAGAUGGUGCCAAGCAGCACAACCUGACAGCAGUCAAUGUGCGAAACAUCCUGCAUGAAGUAAUCACAAAUGAGCAUGUGGUAGCGAUGAUGAAAGCAGCCAUCAGUGAGACAGAAGACAUGCCAAUGUUUGAGCCUAAAAUGACACGCUCUAAACUGAAGGAAGUGGUAGAGAAAGGAGUGGUAAUUCCAACCUGGAAUAUUUCACCAAUUAAGAAGGCCAAUGAAAUUAAGCCUCCGCAGUUUGUGGACAUCCACCUUGAAGAAGAUGAUUCCUCAGAUGAAGAGUACCAGCCAGAUGAAGAAGAUGAAGAUGAGACUGCUGAAGAGAGCUUAUUGGAAAGUGAUGUUGAAAGCACCGCUUCAUCUCCUCGUGGUGCAAAAAAAUCUAAAUUGAAACAGUCUUCUGAGAUGACUGAAACAGAUGAGGAGAGUGGCCUGUCAUCAGAGUCCAUGGAUGACAGUCUCAUUGCAUUCCGAACUCGGUCUAAGAUGCCCCUGAAAGAUGUUCCCCUUGGCCAACUCGAGGCAGAGCUUCAAGCUCCAGACAUUACACCAGAUAUGUAUGACCCCAAUACAGCUGAUGAUGAAGACUGGAAGAUGUGGCUGGGGGGACUCAUAAAUGAUGAUGUAGAGAAUGAAGAUGAAGCAGAUGAUGAUGAUGAUCCAGAAUAUAAUUUCCUGGAAGAUCUUGAUGAACCAGAUACAGAGGACUUCCGUACUGAUCGAGCAGUGAGAAUCACCAAAAAGGAAGUGAAUGGGCUAAUGGAAGAGCUAUUUGAAACUUUCCAAGAUGAAAUGGGAUUCUCCAAUAAGGAAGAAGAUGGCCCAGAAGAGGAGGAACGUGUGACUGAAACUCGGCCUAACUUUAAUACUCCACAAGCCUUACGGUUUGAGGAACCACUUUCGAACUUGCUAAAUGAACAACAUCGGACUGUGAAGGAGCUACUUGAACAACUAAAGAUGAAGAAAUCUUCAGCAAAACAACAUCCAGAGGCAGAGAGGCUUAAGCCUCAGAGUGAGAAAGUUCACCAAACUCUGACUCUAGAUCCAGCACAGAGGAAGAGACUCCAGCAGCAAAUGCAACAGCAUGUUCAGCUAUUGACACAAAUUCACCUUCUCGCCAUCUCCAACCCCAACCUGAGUUCAGAGGCCAGUACCACCAGAAUGUUUCUUAAAGAACUGGGAACCUUUGCUGAAAACUCCAUCACUCUUCAGCAACAGUUCAACCCCAAGUUUCAGACCUUGUUCCAACCCUGUAACUUGAUGGGAGCUAUGCAGCUCAUUGAAGACUUCAACACACAUGUUCAUAUUGACUGGAGUCCUCGUAAAACUGUCAAGAAGACUGCUGGUGAAUUUCCCUGUUUGCCAAAGCAAGUAGCUUGGAUACUGGCCACAAGCAAGGUUUUCAUGUAUCCUGAGCUACUUCCAAUAUGUUCGCUGAAGGCAAGUAAUCCUCAGGAUAAGAUCAUCUUCACCAAAGCUGAGGACAAUUUGUUAGCUUUAGGAUUGAAACAUUUUGAAGGGACUGAGUUUCCAAAGCCUUUAAUCAGCAAGUACCUUGUAACCUGCAAGACUGCCCACCAACUCACAGUGAGAAUUAAGAACCUGAACUUGAACCGAGCUCCUAACAACAUCAUUAAAUUUUAUAAGAAGACUAAACAGCUGCCAAUCCUGGUAAGGUGUUGUGAAGAGAUCCAGCCACAUCAGUGGAAGCCACCUGUAGAGAGAGAAGAACACCGACUCCCUUUCUGGUUAAAGGCCAGUCUACCAUCGAUCCAGGAAGAAAUGAAGAACAUAACUAAUGGUGCUACAGAGGAAGGAAAUGUAACUAGAACCACUGAGGUCAAUGAAAAGAAAGACCAGGAAAAAGCCAGACCAGAGUUGGGGAAUGAAACUCGAUACCCACUGCUGUUACCCAAGGAUGUAGUACUGAAACUGAAGCCUGUUUCCAAGCGUUUCUCCAGGAAGGCUUGGAGACAGAAGCGUUCAUCAGUCCUGAAACCCCUCCUUAUUCAACCUAGCCCCUCUGUCCUGCCUAGCUUCAACCCGGGGAAAAUAGCAGCAUGGCCAACUCAAUCUGAAGUCCCUCCAAGCAAAAUGGUGGUCCAGAUUCCUCAUCUGAUCCAGCCAGCUACUGUUUUACAGACAGUUCCAGGUUUCCCUUCCUUGGGUGAUCCCCAGGGGAAGGACAAUUUUGAGCCUACUACAGCACUGCCUGCUGUGCCUGCUGAGGCUAGGACCAGCAUCCCUUUUCCUGAGUCUCACACCCUCCUCCCCUCUGCACCUGUGCCCAAGAUGCUGCUGCCUUCUCUAGCCCCAUCUAAAUUUCGAAAACCAUGUGUGAGGCGGAAACCCUCAAGAAGGAAAGGGGCAAAGGCUUCUCCCUGUGUGAAACCUGCCCCACUCAUGCACCCCACUCCUGUUAUCUUCACUGUCCCUGCUGCCACUGUGAAGGUUGUGAGUCUUGGCAGUGGCUGUAACAUGAUCCAGCCUGUCAAUGCAGCUGUGGCCCCCAAUCCCCAGACCAUUCCCAUUACCACUCUCCUGGUCAACCCUGCUCCUUUUCCCUGUCCAUUAAACCAACCCCUUGUUGCUUCCUCCAUCUCACCCUUAAUUGUUUCUGGAAAUUCUGUGAAUCUCCCAAUACCAUCUACCCUCAAAGAUAAGACCCAGGUGAACGCAGACAUUGCUUGUCCUUUGGUUGAAGGAAAGAAUGCCUCUCAAAGCCUUGAGCCCAAAUUAGAACCCCAGGAACUAACUCCUCUGUGUGCUACUGUCUUCCCCAAAGAGGAACACAGCCCAGGGCCUCCCUCAGCAGAUAGAGAAUGCCAGGAAGGGUUGUCAGAGAGACCUGCCUGUGGAGUGACAGUUGUGAAAUCUGAAAUUCAGGAAGGGUUGUCAGAGAAGAGUGCCUGUGGUUGGGCCAUAGUGAAAACAGAGGAGGGGAGGCAGACUCUGGAGACGUUGCCUCAAGGCUUCCAGGAAUCCCUAUGUUCCUCCCACGGGGAUUUAGAGGAAAUAGUCAAGCUAGAACCUGAGGACCCUGUGGAGGAGAUCUCCAGUGGGUUCCCUGAACAGGAAAUUUGUGAUGAAAUAAAAAAUGAACACUCUAUUGAAUUGAGCACUGAUUCCCUAAGGGAGGAACUGAGCAGUGCUAGAGAUGUAAAGAAACAAAUGAUCCUGCAGAAGGAGGAGUGCAGUCAGGCAGCUUCAUCCCCUUCAGCUUCUCAAGAGCCUCCUGAUGAAAAUCCAGGUGGAGAUGUGAGCAAAAGGACACUUAAGAAUGUUCCAUCAUCCAUAGACCCGGAAAUAGAGCUUAAUAGUCCCCCAAGGAAGUCUGAAGAUACAUCCAGUGUCGAUGGUCAGUCACUGGGGAUCCCAUUGGUGCCAGAAACUGGAGGAGAGAAGGAUGGGCCAGAGGAAGAGGAAGAGGAGGACUUUGAUGACCUUACCCAAGAUGAGGAAGAUGAAAUGUCAUCAGCUUCUGAGGAGUCUGUGCUUUCUGUUCCUGAACUCCAGGAAACAAUGGAGAAACUAACUUGGCUAGCAUCUGAAAGGCGCAUGAGUCAGGAAGGUGAGUCUGAGGAGGAGAACUCCCAAGAGGAGAAUUCUGAGCCAGAAGAAGAGGAGGAAGAGGAAGUAGAAGGAAUGGAAAACCAUCAGAAAGAGGAUGAAAUGACUGAUGAAGCAGUAGGUGAUGCUGUGGAGAAGCCCCCUUCUACCUUAGCCUCACCCAAGACUACUCCACAAGUAGAGACCAGCAGAACCCCACCAGGCGGGAGCAUCAAAGCUGCUGGAAAGGGCCGGAACAGUCAUCGAGUCCGCAGUAAGCGGGGAAGUCGUGCUCGGGCCAGCAAAGACACCUCCAAGCUGCUGUUGCUCUAUGAUGAAGACAUUCUGGAGCGGGAUCCUCUCAGGGAGCAGAAGGACUUGGCCUUUGCCCAGGCUUAUCUGACCAGGGUACGAGAAGCCCUACAGCAUAUUCCUGGCAAAUACGAAGACUUCCUUCAGGUCAUCUAUGAAUUUGAGUCAAACACUCAGAGGCAGACUGCUGUGGAUCUCUACAAAAGCUUGCAAAUUCUGCUCCAAGAGUGGCCUCAGCUUUUGAAGGAUUUUGCUGCUUUCUUGUUACCUGAGCAAGCUCUGGCCUGUGGAUUAUUUGAGGAGCAGCAGGCUUUUGAGAAGAGUCGCAAAUUCCUUCGUCAGCUGGAGAUUUGCUUCGCAGAGAACCCUUCACACCACCAGAAGAUCAUCAAGGUCCUCCAAGGCUGUGCAGACUGUCUUCCUCAGGAGAUCACAGAGCUCAAGACACAGAUGUGGCAGCUCCUCAAGGGUCAUGACCACCUACAAGAUGAGUUUUCUAUCUUCUUUGACCAUCUUCGUCCAACAGCUAGCAGGAUGGGUGACUUUGAAGAAAUCAACUGGACUGAAGAGAAAGAGUAUGAGUUUGAUGGCUUUGAAGAAGUGGCACUGCCUGAUGUGGAAGAGGAAGAAGAACCUCCCAAAAUACCUUCCACUUCAAAGAACAAGAGGAGAAAAGAGAUUGGGAUCCAGAAUCAUGAUAAGGAGGGAAGUCAAGACACCUUUGACCCAAAAGUAUCUUUGCAGGUGUGUGAGAACAAAUCCUACAAGAACAAGGAGCCCCAUGAGUUGGUGGGCAGCAGCCCCCAUGGAGCAGCUAGUCCUAUGUCUGGUGUUAAGGAAGCAGGCCCGGGCAAGGAUGUGGUGGAAGAGGAAGUCCCAGAGGAACGGGAGAGCAUUGAGUCAACUCAGAGCAGGACGAGCAGGACCAUGAGAAAGGGAGAGGUGCCCAUUCCACCAGGGUCAACAGUGGGGAACACUUUGCUGCCUCUUCAAGAAGAGACUCUUACAGAACAGCUCCUUGCGGGCCCUGCACCUCACUUACCAGACACUCUCCAACUUUGCUCCCAAACUGGAGCUGUAUCCCCCACUGUCAGAAACCAGGCUGGGGCUGAGGCUCUUUCCUGCCCCAGGGUAUCUCUCUCACCUCAGAAAGAGGAGGGCCAGCAGGCAGCAGCUGACUCAGAAGUCCCCAUGCUGGUCUCAGGUGCACCUGAAACUGAGAAAUUGCCCUGCACUAAUGAGGGCCCUGCUUCCUUCUUCAGUCCUGAUUCUUCAAGGACCAGAGAAGUACAAAAAAUACAUGUGUCUGGGAAACCAGGUAAUCAUGAAAACUGGCUGCCUUCAAGCAGAGUUGGGACAAAGACAGCAGACAAGAUGUCUUCUGUCCAUGAAUCUUCUUCAGGAGUUGAUAUCUCAGAGACUUCCCCCAAAGCCUUUAGAGGGGAUUUAGUUAAAGAUUCUGGAAUACAAGGCAAGGGCCCAGAGCAGCAAGGAGAACUGCAACCGAAGGCCACAGAAGCUACAGUGUGUGCUAAUAACAGCAAAGUCAGCUCCACGGGGGAGAAAGUUGUCCUGUGGACAAGGGAAGCUGACCGAGUGAUUCUCACCAUGUGCCAGGAGCAAGGAGCACAGCCACAGACCUUUAGCAUCAUCUCUCAGCAGCUGGGGAAUAAGACUCCUGCUGAGGUUUCUCACCGCUUUCGAGAACUCAUGCAGCUCUUCCACACGGCCUGUGAGGCCAGCUCUGAGGAUGAAGAUGAUGCAACCAGUACCAGCAAUGCAGACCAGCUGUCAGACCAUGGGGACUUGCUGUCUGAGGAGGAGCCAGAUGAUUGAGGCUCCUGGAAGGUGUGGUGUCAUUUGCAUAGGACCAACAUGCCAGGCACCCUGUGCUCUGGGAGAGAGUGGCUGUACUUCACUUGUGCAGUCCUUGAGUUCUGCAUACAGAGCUGAAGAGCAGAGCUGGGCCCAAGGAUAAAGUGAGGCUAGAUCUAGGCCCCAGAGCUCUUUCGCCUCUGCCUCACUCAGGGUCUUUGAAGACGACCUUCAAAAUCCACUCUAUAAAUAGCAUUCAGGGAGAGAGGCCUGGAUCCUUUCUCUCCUUUUGUUUUUGGGUCUAAUGGUACAUAUUUAUUGUUUUGU